GUUUGCAGCUCGCAGCUCAGGGCAGUUACAUCAACCCACACAGCCACACUGUUCACUGCAAGAGAGCUGUGAACUUUUCUAGCAGCUUGCUGAAGCUGGUGCUCCAUCUCUUUGGACAAACGUGACCUGAGCUGAUGGUCAGUCAUCAUCUCUCUCAGAGGAAACACUGAGGAAGGCAACAGAAGAUCAGAGGAGCUGUGGCGGGACCUGAAAACAAAACCCAGCGCCUAAGAUAGCGCCCUGACUCAGAAGGUGAUUGGGUGCAAUGAUGACAAAGGAGGAGAGUCUGUGACAAAGAGGGAGGGAGGAAAGCGCCAAAGUAGGUCGCUGAAGGUGCAGAUCAGACACCAGAUCAGCCGUCAGGGUGGAAAGACAGACGGAGGCAGAAGAGAAGGAGAGAGUGAGCAUAGACGUCUUCAGAUAUGGCGGAUGUUUGGUUACAGUAGUCGCCUCAUGUGGUCCAGAUCCUGCGGGGGAUACGAGAAACUUCACCGAUCCUCCAUCUGCCUCGCCGCCACACGAUUGUCCCUCCAAUCAACAUUUGUCCUCAGGUGUAGGAAACGUGCUACAUCUAUAAACUACAGUGAGACGGUGCGACAGUAGAUUGUGCUACAGGAAGAGUUUCAGUCAGCAGCAUCAGACCUGCAGAAAACACUGUCACUGCUACAGCUACAGGAGCUACGAAGCUCAUCCAGUGGUGGAAAGUAACUAAGUACAUUUACUCAAGUACUGUACUUAUGUUCAACUUUCAGAUGAACCAUGGCCAUAACCUGGUACUUCCUGGUCCUGGUGGUUGCUAUCUUCAUUUCCCUCAUCGUCCUAGUCAUCGUCUGUCUCGACUGCAGGAACCAAGGCCCGUUGGUCUCCAUCAGGCAAGCCAGCGCUUCAGAGAUUUACAUGCCCUCCAAUGAAUUCAGAGUUAUCCAUCCAGCUCAGCCGACCACCGAUCUGAGCUCCAUGCGUUCUCCCCCCAUCCUGUUGUCACCUUUCCCACAUUCAUCUGAUCCUGGAACUCGGAGAUACCCAUCCAUCACCCCGACAGAAACUGAAAGUAAUCCGAGUUACGAGAAUUCACCGGAUGGACCUGAUUAUGUAAACCCUGAGAGCUACACAGACACAGACUACAUAAUCGUGUUGCCCGAUGGUGAAGCUCCUCUGACCAAUCAGAGCCGAGCUUCAACGCCCAGUUCAGAUACUCAACAUGAUUACGAGAAUAUCAACAAAGAGGAGGACAGAGACUAUCUGAAUGUGGAACCGCUGCACAAUCUGGUAGUGCGACAUGCUUCGAAUGAGAGCAAGAGGACGUCCAUGUCCAUAGCUGAAUAUGCAGAAGAAUCGGCUCAAAGUGACAGCGAUGACGACGACGAUGAUGAUGGGAACUACGUCAAUCAGCCACCAAUGAUCCACAGCCAGCCCACAGACUGACGAGGGAAUGACCUCUGACCUGCCUGACCGUGAGCUUUUCCACUGCCUCCGUUUUUUUAUUUUCCAACUUCGGCCUUGUGACGGGUGUUUAACUGCUGACGGUGUUUAUUUAAACUUGCUGCAAGACUGAGAAAAAGAGACUGAAAAAAUGACUCUUGUGGAGUAGCAAUGUGGAGAAGUGAACCUCACUUCUCUCAGUUCCUGAGGGUUCAUCUGGGGACACUUGUGAUCUGUAGGGCUAAAAAACAAAACAAAAAAAGUCAGUGAGGUUUCACUUUUAUAAUCUCCACUUCCAGUCUUAAAUGAUUAGUCUGCUAAUGUUCUUUAUUUUCCUUCUUGUCAACAAAUCUAUGUGAUAUAUCUGAUUUCCUUUGCGCCAUAGACCUCCCUUGUUUCUCCCUUGAUUCCAUUAAGGCUGCAACUAAUGAUUAUUAAUCAUUAAUUAUUUUCUUGAUUAAUUGAUUAGUCGUUUGGUCUAUAAAAUGUCUGAAAAUGGUGAAAAAUGGUAAAGAUGUUUGGUUUGGGCCAAACUAACUUUUAAUUUAUACCUUGAAAGGCCUUAAUAUCAGGUUUGAUCGUCAUAGUUUUUGGUCAAUUUGAAGUUUUUACCCCUAAAACUUACAUGUGGAGUGAUCCUGCUUGAGGUAAACGAUGUUGCAGCUAGCAAGGCGGUCAGGUUUUACCCCCUUAAAAUCACCUUGAUCUGUGCAUAUAAUCCAUUAAAAAUACCUCAACAGAUUAUGAUCCAUUUAAUUUAUCCAUCAAGUGUCCCCAUGCCAUGAAUCUGUCAUCCUUUUAAAGAACAAAUGAAGCGGUACAUACAGUAUAUCUAAUAUUUUGUAAAGAAAUGGAGAAUGUUAUUGUGUGUAGGAGACGACAGAGAAUAGAUCAGCAGCACAUGAAUGUGUAAAUUAGUAAUUAAUAGAAUAAAUAAAUCAAAUUAAAGGUGUUUUCAAUGGGUUUGGAUUUCAAACUGAUGGACACAUUAAUGAAUCUCUGCCUACUUUAAUCUAAGAUUAAGGGUUCUGGUAGGUUUUCAGGGGUAAACUAAGGAGUAAUUAUUGGUAUUUAGCUGAUUCUUGUUUCAUUACCAUGAAUGAAACUAUAUAUUUGUGAGGUGUUUUUAAAGAUCAGUAGGAACCAAUGAGCUCGGAGCUGUAGAGACACAGACAAAAGCAGGGAAGGAGGAAAGUAUUGAGAGACGGACGAACACGUUGUUGGUUUGGGUGUUUUCACGAGAUUUGUUGACAAUAAGAAAAAUAAAGAAUCUUCUUUAAUUCUUUAAUCAGCUGUUAGGAAUAUAAGAUACGCUGGUAUCUCCAUGAAAAGAAGAGCAAAGACCAUUUUCACUAAAUUAUUUGUUUCCAAACUUUUACCUGCACUAUUUAGAGCUAUUUUGAUUAUUUUUUGGUAAUCGUUAAGUCUAAAAAAGUCAGAAAAGACUGAAAAAUGACUCCAGACAACAAUUCAAAACCCAGAUAUAUCUAUCUAUAUCAAAUCUGUCUUAAAACAAUACCAGCAUACACAAACGUACAUUGAAAGAGUUCUUAUCGGAGGUGCAGUGAUCCCUCGUUGUAAGUACAAAUUAAUUCUUAAGUUAAUAAGAAAUUACAGUAACAAGGCUUCAUUCAUUUGACAAAUCAAAUACACAAGUCAGAAAACAUUUGGAACCACUAAUUCGGACCGUCACUAAAUUAAAAAAUCCAGAUUUAAACGUGUCAGCAGAGUGAAAAUACUCCCAACAACAGAGUUAUGUGUCUCGUCAGGCGGCAGGCAGUUCGGACAGUUUCCAUUGAACUCUUCAGUCAGAAGAGUUCAAAUUCUGUAGUUUUUUAAAAGUAAUUUUUAACGAGCUAUUACGUUUUUUUUUUUUAUUGGUUAACCCUUUCCUCCACAGUGUCCGUCUAACAUAAUGAGAGGUUUAGACCACACUGAUGGUGUGUAUGUGAUUAUGUUUGAGCUUUAUUUUGGUUUUUACUGACAACUCCUGAGAAUGUCUACAUCCAAACGUUUGUUUUUUUUUUAGUGUAUUUAUGUGUUGUUACCGUGUUGUCUCUGGAUCUGUUUUCAAAUCGUGUGUAAUAGAAAUGUUUUUUUUUUGUUUUUUUUUUAAAUAACUACACUUCAAUUAAACCUUUACAAAACUUUAAA